AUGGCAGCACUUCACCUUGUUACGCCAUUUCUAUCCAAGCUUCCUCAUCCUUCAGCUUCAAACUCGAUUCCCCACCUCCAAAUUUUCACCAUUUCUGUCUUCCCAAUUCCCAAAACCAGGAUAUACGGUAAAGCAUUCCUUCCCAAAUCAUCUGGCAAUGAGGCUCAGCUCACUGCUGAACCACCUCCAAAGCAGCCGUCCCGCCGAGGCCGGAAAAAGAAAUCCUCAACCACCACCGAUGCUGCCCAAGAAAAAACACCCAAACGCACUCGAAAGAACCAAACCCAGAACCCAAUUACGGAAUUGAACGGCGACGGUAAAAGCCAGCUGGAGGGGGAGGAGCUUUACGAUUACGAUGACGGUAUUAAUUUUCCAUACGAGGACCCACCUCUGAUAUGCUGCUUCGGGGCAGCUCAAAAGGAGUUCGUGCCGACGGUGAGAGUGUCACCGGAACAAAUGCACCCGGAUAAAUAUUCCGAGUGGAAGAUGCUACAGUGGAAUCCGCCGGAGUUCGUGAGGGCCCCCGGUGGCCCUGCUUCUAACGUUGCUAUUUCCCACGUUAGGCUUGGUGGGAGAGCUGCGUUUAUGGGAAAAGUUGGGGAUGAUGAUUAUGGGCGUGAAAUGGUUUUGCUUAUGAAUAAGGAGAAGGUCCAAACCAGAGGGGUCAAAUUUGAUAACAAUGUCAGGACUGGUUGUACAUUGAUGAAAUUCAAUUUUGAGGAUGGAAAAAUGAAAGCGGAAAAAGUAAAAGACCCAGCAGAAGAUUCACUGCUGAGCUCAGAAUUGAAUCUCGCAGUGCUUAAAGAGGCUAGGAUAUUCCAUUUCAAUUCUGAAGUCUUAACGUCUCCUUCCAUGCAUCCUACCCUAUUUAGAGCAAUCUCGUGGUCUAAGAAAUUCGGUGGUCUCACUUUUUUCGACCUAAAUUUGCCAUUGCCGCUGUGGGAGUCGCGUGAAAAGACCUGGGAAGUGAUCAGGAAAGCCUGGGAACAAGCAGACAUCAUUGAGGUUUCAAGGCAAGAACUUGAGUUUCUUUUAGAUGAAGACUAUUAUGAGAGGCAAAGAAAUUAUACACCCCAAUACUUUGCGCAGACUAUUGAACAAACCAGAAGAAUUCGAAAUUAUUACCAUUAUACUCGGGAAGAAGUGUCGCCUGUGUGGCAUGAUCAGCUGAAGUUUUUGUUCGUCACUGAUGGAACCCUUCGACUUCAUUAUUACACUCCUUCGUUUGACGGAGCGGUGGUGGGAACAGAGGAUGUGCUCAUCACUCCAUUUACUUGUGAUAGAACAGGAUCUGGUGAUGCCGUUGUGGCUGCAAUUAUGAGGAAGCUCACAACUCAACCGGAGAUGUUUGAAAAUCAAGAUUUUUUGGAGAGGCAGCUUCGAUUUGCUAUUGCUGCAGGGAUAAUAUCGCAGUGGACUAUAGGUGCCGUACGCGGUUUCCCUACAGAAAGUGCUACGCAAAAUCUGAAAGAACAGGUAUAUGUGCCUUCAAUGUGGUGA